CUUUAAAGUACUGACGUCUAUGGGAUGGGCCUUUAAACAAGGCUUGGGAGAAUCAUCUAUCAUCAGAUGUUUCCCUUUUCAUCCUUCAUUGUUACCACAUUUUAUAGUUGAUAUUGGCUGAAAGGAUACGAUCUGCAUAUCUGGAUAUGUCUGCGACUAAGCGAUUGGUAGUUUGCGGUGGAAAUGGGUUUUUGGGUUCGAGGAUUUGUAAGUCCGCUGUUGCGAGGGGGUGGGAUGUUACGAGUAUUAGGUAUGUAGGAAGUUUGGUUCCAGCUUGGAGCUACCAUUUCUAGGUCUUUCGUCUUUCAUUCACAAACUACUCCUUGCAGUUCUUCUUCUUCUUCUUCUUCUUCUUCUUCUUCUUCUUCAUACCUAGUAUUAAACCCACAAUACUAACAUCACUCCACUCUAGUCGCUCCGGCGAACCAACCUGGUCCUCCGUCACAUCCUCUCCCACCCCACCUCCCUGGUCUCACAAAGUAACCUGGGAACGCGCCGACAUCCUCAAACCCUCCACCUACGCUCCGCUCCUCAAAUCCGCCGACUACGUUGUGCACACCAUGGGAAUCCUCCUCGAAGCCGACUACAAAGGCGUAAUCUCAGGAAGGGAAUCCCCCAUCUCCGGUCUCACCCGCGCAUUCUCUUCUCAAAAAUCCGGUUCUCAAAAUCCCCUCACUCGAAAACCAGGAGAAGAUCUACAACCGCAGGAAAAAGAUGGUCAAAUAACCUACGAACUUAUGAAUCGAGAUUCCGCAAUCACAUUAGCAUCUGAAUCAUACAAGGAGAAUGUUCUCGCUUUUGCGUAUAUAAGUGCUGCGGGUGGAGCACCCGUUCUGCCAAAGAGAUAUAUAGAUACGAAACGAGCGGCAGAAAGUACCAUUGCGAGUGAGUUUCCGAAGAUGAGAAGCGUGUUUAUUAGACCUGGGAUGUUGUAUGAUAGUUCAAGGAAGAUUACUGUGCCGUUGGCUGCGGCAACAGGCUUGGGUGCUGCUUUUAAUGGGCUCACUGGAGGAAUAUUUGGAGGAAUUAUGGGGGCCGCAGGAGUUAAACCUUUAAAGGCUGAUGUGGUUGCUGAGGCUGUUGUUGAGGCUUUGAGUGAUGAGAAUGUGAAGGGUCCUGUUGAGGUUAAGGAGAUUGAGCAAUUGGCUGAGAAGGCUUGGAGAAAGGGUAUGUUAUAAAUGAGUAAUGAUCAAAAAUUGCCUGUUUUGGCUUUGUAUUUUAUCAGACUAUGAAGUCUAUGAACAAACUCCGCAUAAACUAUC